AUGGCCGCCGUGGAUUAUUUACUCCACGAGUCCGCAGUGGGCUAUGCGAUUUUUCAGGUUGUCCAUCAGGCCGAUACUAUUGGUAAUCGAUUGAAGGAAGUUCAAGAUGCGGGACAAGAUCUUGCGAAGUUUGGAAAGAUGGUUAAGGUUGUAGGCUUUGCGCCAUACAGAACUGCCGCUGAAGCUCUCGAGAAUGUCAAUCUGGUAUCUGAAGGUGUCAUGUCUGACUACCUUAGAUCAGAGCUCGAAUUGAAUCUUCCAAAGCCCUCAAAGAAGAAGAAGAUUGUUCUCGGUGUAUCAGAUAAGACAUUAGCUGGAAGCAUCAAAGCCUCAUUCCCUGGCAUCGAGUGCGAGACUGGUGAUACGUCCGAGGUUGUUGGAGACUUGCUCCGCGGGUUACGGUUCCAUGCUGGCAAACUACUUGUCAAGCUUCAAGAGGGGGACGUGGAUAGAGCUCAAUUGGGUCUUGGCCAUGCAUACUCGCGCGCGAAGGUAAAGUUCUCGGUCCAGAAGAACGACAACCACAUCAUCCAAGCUAUUGCUACGUUGGACCACCUUGACAAGGCCGUCAAUACCUUCUCCAUGCGUGUCCGCGAAUGGUACGGAUGGCAUUUUCCCGAACUUGUUCGAAUCGUUUCCGACAACCACACUUACGCCAAACUUGCGCUCGCUAUUGGUGACAAGCAGACUUUAACGCAAGACUCGUUACACGAUAUUGCUGCGCUGGUGAAUGACGAUGGAGAUCUUGCACAAGCGGUGAUCGAUGCUGCCCGUGUUAGUAUGGGACAAGCAAUCUCAGAUGCCGAUAUGGAGAAUGUCUCGGCAUUCGCAAACCGUGUGGUUAAGCUCGCCGAGUACCGAAAAUCUCUAUACCAAUACCUCGUCGAUAAGAUGGCCAUCGUUGCACCUAACCUGGCUACUCUGAUCGGUGAAGUUGUUGCAGCACGAUUAAUCUCCCACGCCGGUUCCCUCACCAAUCUCUCAAAAUACCCCGCCUCCACAGUCCAAAUUCUCGGCGCAGAGAAGGCUUUGUUCAGAGCGCUGAAGACCAAGGGCAACACCCCCAAAUACGGAUUGAUCUACCACUCCAGCUUUAUUGGACGAGCAGGUGCUAAGAAUAAGGGCCGUAUCUCGAGAUUCUUGGCCAACAAGUGCAGUAUCGCUAGUAGAAUUGACAAUUUCUCUGAAGACCCAAACACCAAGUUCGGUGAGGCGUUGAGGAAGCAGGUCGAAGAGAGAUUAGAUUUCUACGCUACAGGCACAGCGCCAACGAAGAACGAGGACGCUAUGAGAUCAGCUAUGGAUGCAGUCCUAGGCGACAUCCAAAUCGAUGACAUCCCAAUGACUGAUGCCGCGCCCCAAUCCGAGAAGAAAGAGAAAAAAUCCAAGGACAAGAAGGAUAAGGAUAGCAAGAAGGACAAGAAACGGAGACACAGCGAAGUCAACGGCGACGAGGAGGCAGUCGAGAAAAAGAAGAAAAAGAAGAGCAAGAAGGAAUCGUCUUCGGACUAA